AUGGUGCUGUGCGACGUGUGCGGCCGGGCCGUGCCCUCCGAGGCGGCGGCCGGGCGGCGCCCAUCCCUGUGCCGCCGCCAGCCCCGCUGCCCGCUCUGCGCCGCCGCCGUGGGCUGCGAGGAGCUCCGGCGGCACAUGGACACGGCCCACCCGGAGCCGGGCCCGCCGGGCUCCCGCCGCCCCGGGGCGCCGGCCCAGUGCCCGUUCUGCGGGGAGGCUGCGGGGCGGGAGCUGGAGGAGCACGUCAGGGCGCGGCACGGGCACCUGCUGGGCGCCCCCGGCGCGGACACAGGAAAUGGUGAACAGCUGUAUGAAUGUCCUAUGUGUAGUCUUACCUGUACAAACAUUCAGAUUCUUGAAGAACAUGUUGAUUUACACUUAGAGGAACAUAACUUUUCAGAAGGUGGAGACAUGGGAGAUCUAGAACUGGCUCAGCAGCUCCAAACUGAAGAAGAUGAACGACAGAGAUCAGAAGAAGAGAAGCGAGAGAGAGAAGAAUUUGAAAAGCUGCAGAGACAGUAUGGCUUGGAUAAUUCUGGUGGAUUCAAGCAGCAAUUUCUAAAGAAUAUGGAAAGAGAAGUUGAUAGAGGAAGGAUGCAGCCCUUUGAAUAUCAUAAGAGAAAAGCUGACAUGAUGGAAAGUUUGGCUUCUGGUAUAGAUGAUGGGAGAACCAAGACAUCAGGAGUCAUUGAAGCAUUGUGCAAGUACUAUCAGAGUGAGAACAAAGAUGUGAGGCGUGUGUGGCUUUCAGCAGGAGUAGAUCACUUCCACUCAUCUUUGGGUGACAGAGGCUGGGGUUGUGGUUACAGGAAUUUCCAAAUGCUCCUUUCCUCACUGUUGCAAAACAGCUUCUACAAUGACUGCCUGAGAGAUACUACACUAAUUCCUAGUAUCCCAAAGAUACAGUCCAUGAUUGAAGAUGCCUGGAGAGAAGGUUUUGAUCCUCAGGGGGCAUCUCACUUCAACAACAGAUUACAUGGUUCCAAAGCAUGGAUAGGAGCAUGUGAAAUUUAUUCACUGUUAACCAGUCUCAGGAUAAAGUGCCAAAUCAUUGACUUUCACAAACCCACUGGCCCUAUGGGUACACACCCUCGCUUGUUUGAGUGGAUUUUGCAUUACUAUUCUGCAGAUAAUGAAGGUGGUGCAAAGGUGGUGUGUACUUCCAAACCACCUAUCUACUUGCAGCAUCAAGGUCACAGUCGUACUGUUGUUGGAAUAGAGGAGAAGAAGAACAAAAGCUUAUGUUUGCUACUGUUUGACCCAGGAUGUUCUUCCCAACAAAUGCAGAAACUGCUGAAACAAAAUAGUGAUGGAGCUGGUCUCAGACUACUUCGGAAAUUUGUGGGUAGCCUGAAAGAAAAGCAAUAUCAGAUAGUGGCUGUAGAUGGGGUGCUCUCUUUGGAAGAGAAAGCUGCUCGCUGCCGUGCUUCUCAGGUCUUAACAUCAGAGAAGAUUCCUUAAAGGAUACCUUUAUAACCUGCUUCUGGAACUUGCUGGGUGCAAAACAUUAAACUUCUGGACUGUGACCUUAACCCAACAAUUUUCAGACUUAAAGUGUGUCUCCAUAAAUGCGCCGGAGCUCUGGGAAAGCACAACACUGGAGUAAACCUGUAGUUUUUGUGUUCAGUCAAAACUCUGGCAUCCUGAUACAAAUGUAACUGUGAAAUAUACUGGUCCUUGUCUCACCAGAAAAUGUGUUAUUUUCUUAGUUGCCUAGAAUUAGCAACACCUGCUGUCUUGUAGCAAAUUCUCCACUGUUGGUAAUCAGCAGUGGAUAAAAAUACUAUGGAACUACUUCAUUGGAGUCCCUGUCAUGGUUUACCUCUGUAAAUGUGUUUAUGCUGCCACUGUGACCAGUCCUCUGUUUCUUUACAAUUCAGUCUGUUGCACCAGGGAUUAAUUUACCAGUAAACUUCUUUUCAAUUAGCUGGCUUCUCUAGAUGUAUCACUUGAAUACAUGUGCUUAGGAGGUGGAUCAGUGUUGGCAUUGGCUAAGAGGUCUAACAAAGCAGUGUCAGUGUCCAAAAUAGUGUGUAUGUGCUUUAGGUGCUGUGCAAGACAAUUCUUUGGGGUAGAGGAAGAAAAUAUUCCUUUUCUACCAUGAAUUAAUAAAAUUUAUAUAUUUUUUAAAA